CUCGAUCAGGUCACCCAGCAGGCCAUGAGCUAUGCCAUUCGCAGUGGCAUUGCUAUCACAAGCACAUACGCAAUCCAACAAUGCGGCCGCUUGAUGAAGACGGUCGACGGCCAAGAAAAGCAAGAGCUUGCAGCACUGCAACUGCGGCUAGACUCCAAGAUCAAGAUAAUCUCCCCUGCGAUAGAUAUGAUCGAGCUUAUUUCGGCACGCGGAAACACGACGCUUGAAUCAGCAGUCACGUUGACAAAAUCACUGCGGUGGGACAUUCAGUCGCUUGGUAGCCGUGUAGAGAAGGCUGUCGUUGAAGAGCAGCUUUCUAAGAGAGGCAGCUCCAGAGCAAAGCCACGCGCGCAGAACGACAUCGAGCUGAAGAUGAUCAUUGCAGAGAUGAAGCAACUUCUGGCCCGGAUCGAAGAUGCAGUACCACUGAUCAACCUGGCCAUCACGACAUCAGGUGUCAGUUUGUCCACCAAUCUGCCUCCGACGGUCUCUCCCUCCCGUCUGCUGCAGGCCAGCACUUUCCUCACCGCUGGCGACUCUCACUACUGCAUGUCCAAACCCCGAGCUCAGCAAAUUGGCCCGACCUUCACGCUGUCAAUGUACAUGCUCUUUUCCGGUUAUGCUGUGCCCACUCAUGAAGAGCUGUUGCGCCAGCGCGAGAGCACAUGGAAGGAAGUCGUGCACAAAGCUAGGGUAACACUGCUGAGAGUACCGCUGGAGAAUGUCUAUGACUUCCCGAUGCCUUUUGAUUCGACGUCCAACAAGGGUGCUGAAGCUGAACACCGUCAUAUUCCAUCAGAGAGUGCGUUGCAAGAAUACGCGUAUCAGCUGCUGAUCGUCGAGGACCUGGACGAUGGCCGCUUGCAUACUUUCGAAGACGACGAGCCUCAGCCUGAGCCCUAUGACGGCAUCGAUCAAGCUGGCGUUCGAGAGAUCAUACCCAUCCACGAGAUGUCGAAGAUCUUCUACGCCGACACCGGGAAGAUUCUGAAUAUCGGUGGUGACGGUGAAUCUAACAACCCAAUUUUGUUGCUGAAGCGAGACGUGAACGCGCCUCCUCCACGAAGAAUGAUGGAACAUGAGCCCACAGACACAGGCUAUGAGUCUGACGACUCGCACACAGUUGGAGAAGACGAUAUUGAUCAAUCCGAGCUGGACGCUCAAUUCUGCCGCGAGUCGACUGCCGACCUUGCAGCAGAGCAGGCAGUGCAGGAAGAAGCCCCAACAUACCCAUGGCGUCUCCCACCAACGCUUGAUCUGGAGUGGAUGGCGUUCGAAGUGUACCAAGAAGAACCCGACUCGGACUCGGACUUUGACGACACCGAAGGAACCGCAAUCAACGCGUCCACGUCCUCAGCCGGCGACGUGAGCGCAAGUCGCUCCCACGCAGUGUCGUCCGGCCUCCUCUCCUCCCUCUCAAGCCUCAAUCUUGACCCAUCGACGCUGCCCCCACAGUCCAGUCAACAACUCAUGCCCUCCCCCGAGAAGUCGGCGAUACCCACGCGCGAGCAUUCGACACCGCCGACCACGCUGCCACCAAUCAAGACGUCCCUGUCCAUGCUUGAAAUGCUCAUCCGCCUCACGGCUUUGCAACAAUUCCAGCAAUCGUCCCACCUCUCGAUCCCGGACGAGUUUCUAACCUUCUUCCUCUCGGAAAGCAGCACGGUCGGUUCGGGCGGAGACUCUGAGUUGCGGCGGCAAGCGCGACGCGAAGCACGGCAGCGGGUCGGUUUCGAUCCGUACGACGAGAGUCCGGUCAAGCGGCGAGGCGAGGAGGAGUUGGCGAGGCGGGCACACGAGGCGCGGGAGUAUGGGCACAUCCACGACGAAGGCGGACGAGCCUUGCAGUAUGACUACGUUGGGUAUCCGACAGGGAGCAGGAGCGGGGCGAGCACGCCGUACUCAAGGCCCAGGACACCGAAUGCGCCGUCGACGGGGCGGAGCAAGAGCACGAUCGAUGUGUCGAGUCUCGAUCGACCGUGGCGUGAGAGUAUGAGUAUGAGUAGUCCGAGUCCGUUGCUGAGGAGGGCGACGACGCAGACAGGGGAGGGUACGAAGGUCAGACAGCCCCGGUUUGCACCGCCGCAGCCGCGGACACCGGCGGGGAGCUAA